GAUGAAUAAAAAUGUCGACAUCCACUCCGAACUAGUCCAUCCGAAGAGAACGAAACCCGAUGAAAACCACCACCGCCGAUCUUAAAAGCUCAUCUCUUUCUUCAUCAUCUUCAUCAUCAUCUCCACCUACCGAAAAGGAAAAAGCUCCGAUCGUUAAAUCCCCCAAAUGUCUCUUCUCGAGGAUCUCGAUAUCAAUCCAGUUAUCGCUCUCCCCAGCUCUAGGGCUACCAUGGAUCACAUCCUAUCGGCGUCCAUGUCGGCCGAGUCCUGCUCCGGUGACAUCGCCGACGAGUGCCGAGACGACGCGGUGGCCUUGAAGAUGAAGAUGGUGGCGAUCGCCGCGAUCCUGAUCGCCGGCGUUAUCGGAGUAGCGAUCCCGCUCGUCGGAAGGAAGCGGAGGCUGGUAAGAACCGAUGGCGGGUUGUUCUUCUUUGCCAAGGCUUUUGCCGCGGGAGUGAUUCUUGCUACUGGAUUUGUUCACAUGUUGCAUGAUGCCCAGUCGGCGUUGACGAAUUCUUGCUUGCCGAAAUUUCCUUGGAAAAAGUUUCCAUUUUCGGGGUUUGUGGCGAUGAUUGCUGCGCUGUUGACGCUUGUUGUUGAUUUUGUGGCGACGCAGUUUUAUGAGAAGAAGCAUAGGGAGGAGGAGAUUGGGGUUAAGCGGGAGGCGGCGGCGGCGGUUGCGGCGACGACCGUGGUUGAGGAUCAGAAUGGGAUCACGGUGGUCCCGGUGACGGAUGAUGUUGAGAUUGGGAGGAGAGAUGGGGAUGAUGUUGAUGAUGGUGGGAAGAUGCAUAUUGUUGGGAUGCAUGCGCAUGCUGCUGCACAUAGGCAUAGCCAUGCACAUGGAGAUGUGAGGGCGUGCCAAGGGCGUGCCCAUGAUGGGCAUGGACAUGUACACGAGGAUGAUGGGCAUGUGUCGUCGCAUGUGAGGCAUGUUGUUGUGUCACAGAUCCUGGAGCUUGGAAUUGUAUCACAUUCAGUUAUCAUCGGACUCUCCCUGGGUGUAUCACAGAGCCCAUGUACCAUCCGGCCUCUCAUUGCUGCUCUCUCCUUCCACCAGUUUUUCGAAGGCUUCGCACUGGGAGGAUGCAUCUCUCAGGCACAGUUCAAGAACCUAUCAGCAACACUAAUGGCAUGCGCUUAUUUGGCAAUAAGACACAGCAGGGAAUUUGCAUUUUGGAGGCAUGCGAUAUCGUCUGCAUAUAACGCACACAGCCCAAGAGCACUGGUAAUUGAGGGGAUACUAGACUCUAUAUCAGCAGGGAUCCUAAUUUAUAUGGCUCUGGUUGACCUAAUAGCUGCAGAUUUCCUUAGUAGAAGGAUGAGCUGCAAUGUUAGGCUUCAGGUGGCCUCAUAUUUGGCUCUCUUCCUUGGGGCUUUAUCGAUGUCAUCUCUUGCAAUAUGGGCAUAGUGAAUAUAGAGUAUGAAUUGAAUAUCCACCAUUAGACAUUUUAGUCACUUUAAAAAAAAAGGGAAUGAAGGUAUAAGUAUACACCGGUAAGGUGGGCACGGGGAUUUUUCUAAGUUUAUGAAAGGGUUGAUGAAAGUUGGUUCUGGGAUGCAUUGUGAUCUGUGUUGCUAGGGCUUCAGGUCCUGCUCAGUUUCCGCAACCUUCGUGUUGCAAGGGUUUCAAAUCCUCCUCGGUUCUCUGUAACUCAUGUGCCUAACAAAAGCCACAUAAAAAGGCCUUUUGUGAUUGUAUAUGGGAAGGAAUGGGCUUCCUACAUGUGUUCUGUGAAGGCAACAAAAAUUUUCAGUUUUAAUCCAAAGUAAAUCUUGUAUUAUAUGGGUACGGGUGAGGCGCAUUGUAUCUCAUCAAUCUGUUCCACCCCUUUUUACUUCUGUCGCAUUUCUGAAGUUGACGCGAUGCGUUUUAUGUGCUGAGAUAGAAAGGUUCGGCUCUGUAAUUUCCUCUUUCCUCAGAUAUUCAUUUUGAUAAGAGGAACUUGUUAUUAUAAGAUAUUAUUGAAAACUUUUGAUUAUGUGGAA